UUACUUCCACCCCAAAUCUCGUUUAAGCAAACCAACCAGGAAGCGAAUGGCGGAAAUAAAGAUCUAUCUCACGCUUUCAGUUAGGAUUUUGUGAUAUUUUGCGUUUUGGAAGGAGUGAACAGCGGAACAGGCAGUUGAUGCCUUCAGUAACAACCAGAGGAAGACUUCAGAAACACAAUGCGGUCGCUGUGAUCCGUCCGGAGGGAUCUGUGCAGUGAAUGGACCGAUGGACAGUCGGUGACUGAGAGUGACUGUCUUUAGAUUUGGCACAGACGUAUGGCCCUGCUGCUCAGCUAGCUGAGGGAGACGUCAAUCAUGUUUCUGAAAACCUCCUUCACCUCGCUGAUUGUCGGGGUGUUUGUGGUGUAUGUGCUCCACACUUGCUGGGUGAUGUAUGGGAUAGUGUACACCAAACCCUGCGACAGCCCCAAAGCAGACAACUGCAUCACGCCCUUCCUGGCGGGGAACCCAAAACUACAGUUGAGCAUCUACGCCGCGGUGAAGCCGAACGCAGAUGGAGGCCAUACGCUGAUUCACAGAGAGGAGGACUUCGAUGUCAACAGCAAGUUUGAGAGGAUCGUCAACGUCUCACUCCCCAAGAAAACGCGCAACAACGGAACGUUGUAUGCGUUAAUAUUCGUCCAUCAGGCUGGUCUCAACCCGUGGCAGGACCCGCGACAGGUCCACCUGGUGGCUCAGCUCACCACCUACAUGGUCCCAAAGCCUCCUGAGAUCUCUCUGAUAUCAGGAGAAGAUCAAACACAGGGUCAAAAACAGGAAGACCAGAAGAAGAAACGACGUGAUGGUAGCUCCGGAGCGGGAACUAGAGCUAAAGGUGGAGCCACUGCUUCAACAGAUCACCCAGUUUCUCACUGGCGCUCCCGUCUAACUCUCAACAUCGUUGGUGACCACUUCCUGUUUGACAGAGAAUACCUGCCAAGCGACGUUCACAGAUACCUCAGAGUAUUCCAGAAUGGGAAGAAAAUGGUGUAUCUACCUCUGCUGUUUGUUGACGAGCUCAGCAAUAGGGUCAAAGACCUCGUGGAGAUCAACGGCACUUCCACAGAGCUCCCUCUCACCGUCCUCUACGACUCCAUCUCUCUGGGCAGACUUCGUUUUUGGAUCCACAUGCAGGAUGCUGUGUACUCCCUGCAGCAGUUCGGAUUCACAGAAAAGGAUGCUGAUGAGAUUAAAGGCAUCUUUGUGGACACCAACCUGUAUUUCUUGGCUCUCACCUUUUUCGUCGCAGCCUUCCAUCUUCUGUUUGACUUCCUGGCCUUCAAAAACGACAUCAGCUUUUGGAAGCAGAAGAAAAGCAUGGUGGGAAUGUCCAGCAAAGCAGUGCUGUGGAGAUGCUUCAGCACCAUAGUGAUUUUCCUCUAUUUGUUUGACGAGCAAACAAGCCUCCUCGUACUCAUACCUGCUGGGAUCGGCUCUAUAAUUGAAGUGUGGAAAGUGAAGAAGGCCUUUAAAAUCCAGAUUUUCUGGAAAGGAGGCAAACCAACAUUCCUGUUUGGGAAACUAGACGAAUCAGAGCGGAGAACAGAAGAAUAUGAUACUCUGGCCAUGAAGUAUCUCUCAUACCUCCUUUAUCCUCUGUGCAUCGGAGGGGCAGUGUACGCACUAAUAUUCCUGCGAUACAAGAGCUGGUAUUCAUGGCUAAUCAACAGCUUGGUGAAUGGUGUGUAUGCCUUUGGUUUCCUCUUCAUGCUUCCUCAGCUCUUUGUCAACUACAAGCUGAAGUCUGUGGCUCACCUGCCUUGGAAGGCUUUCAUGUAUAAGGCAUUCAACACCUUCAUUGAUGACGUGUUCGCCUUCAUCAUCACCAUGCCGACGUCCCACAGACUGGCUUGCUUCAGGGACGACGUGGUUUUCCUCAUUUACCUUUACCAGAGAUGGCUCUACCCAGUGGACAGAACAAGAAUAAAUGAAUACGGCAUUUCGUACGAUGAAAAGCCCAAAGGGAAGGCUCACAAGGACUAAAAUGAAAAUAUAAGUUUUCGCAGACUUCUGCGAGCUGGUACCUUCGAGUGUCAUCUUUUCGUCCAUCAUAUCCACUGACACUUUGGCAAAGUUUGAAGGUUUUAAUCGCUUGCACAUCAUUCCUCACUAACAGCAACUGCUAAAAACUUGAACAUCGGUAGAGGACCGGUAUAUAGCCAGUGUUUGGUUUGUCCAUUCUGGGCUACUGUAGGAACAUGCCAGGGCAUCUUGACAGACUUGGUGGAAGGGAAACCAGGUCAUCAGUUAGUAGAAAUAUUAAAGAUAAAAAAAAAAAUGUUUUAUUCUAAUUAAAACAGUGAUCAACAUUAAUUUGAAUUUCUUUCAGUCGAACAUCCUGAGAUACAGACACUUGAACUUGUACUAACUUCAAACGAGCUGGGUCUCAUCUGCCAGUCUGUUUAUAAAUGGACCAGAACUGUUAUCGUUCUUUCAAUUUAAAACUGUGAUAUUACGUGAAAAUCAGCUAGCUAAAUCUGUGGAGCGAACAUCAAAACGGAUGCGAAAACCUUGUGUGAGUUUGGAGAAUGGUCUGCAUCUAAACAAACACUGUGGUGUGACCCAGUUCACUAAUAGCUGCAAGAGCUUUACUAUGAUAUCACUAUACUGGCUUAUAUUCCACCGCAAACUUGUAUAAUUCAAAGCAACAAAUAGGGGUUUUUUGUAUUAUUUCAACACGUUUAGUAUUUAGAAAUGCACCCAGCAGAUUUUGAGCCACUCAGUUAAAAGGUAUCAUUCAUCAGUAACUGUGAUGUACUGUUUCGCAGUACUUUUAAAUAGAGUGUGCCUAUUAAAUAAAUAAUACGAAGAGAAGAAGGUAACAUUCAGAAGCUAAGUGCAGAGAUUUCAUUUUCGUAUUGACUUAAUCUGAGACCAUUGUAAAGGGAGACCUUUUCAAGCUAGCUUUUUAUUGAAAGAGUAAAAUUAUCUAAAUAAAAACUGGGAAAAAGACCAAAAACCUCUUUAAAGUACGCUUUUGCAUCAUUUUCAAAAACUUCAUGGUAGUUGGGGUAUUGUGAAAUAAUCUCAAGCCUCUGUAAAUGUUGAUUUUAAGGUGAAGGUUUGAUGCCACGGAAAAUGUAGGAUUUCUUGAGAGUUUCUGAAUAUUAAAAGGAUAAUUCUGUUUAUUUUGAAGUGUGGUUCUGGUAAAAGGCGGAUAGCUCUCCUGGCAUCUCCACUUAAUCUAAAUCCAUAUUAGCUGUUCCUGAUUCUGAAGCCAACGGAUAAUACUGGAGGGGUCAAGACCAAAUACCACUUCUACCGUCCUAAACAGCUACAGUCUUAAACCUUUUUAUUAACCUUUAAAAAAACCCAUUAGGUUUCCAUUGACCGGCUAUUUACACAGAAACCAAUUUCUGUCUAAACAGGAAAUAGUGAUUGGAGGCAGUGUGCCAUCAAUGAUCUGUGUGAAAGACAUACUGAGAACUGAACGUGUUACGUGUUUGAUGGUCAUAUUAGCUGCCUGAUAUGAACUAAAAGCUUUUUAAAAAGCUAAAAUAUUGUUGCGGUUUUAAAUAAAGCGGUUUUCUGUUAGUUACUGUGACUGGAAACCUCAGUAUGUGUUUUACAAGGAAAAUAACUGGAGGGGCGCAACUUCUAACUCCAUUUGCUAUUUAGUUUAGUGUAAUGAAAACAUGACAAUAGUUCAGUUUUGUGAUAUGGCAUUCACAUAAACUGCUGUAAAUUUUAAAACUGAUUUUGGUUUAAGAUGGUAAAGAUCCACUUUGGUCUUGGCCCGUAAAUAAAACUAACAAGGAGGUUAUUUACUGCAGGUACAAAAACUGCUAAGAACCUUUUAACAGGACCACCCUUCAACGAAACUGAACUGUCCCUUUAAGGUUAAUAAGUCCAGUAACGUGUGAAGUUGCGUUUGUAUGUUUUUGUUCUCCAAUGGGUAUGUUUUAUUUUGCUGUAAAACAUGAUGGUACGCUCACAUUCAUUCACCUUUCACCAUAUUUUUUCUUUUCUUUUCUUUUUGUACACGUCGGGGCCAAGAAAAUAUUUGUGCCAAAUGUACGAGUGAUUCUUAAACUGUUUGUUAGCAUUGAAUGUGCAGCAUAAGUGAUCCAUGCAAUGUUUUUAAUGGACACUGACGUUUUGGAGGGAAAACAUUGGUGGUAAAGCUCAAGGAAAGUAUUACAAAAUGUAGACCUAAACCAUCAUGAUUUUACUUCUUUACUAUGUAAUACCUAUUGUAAAUGUUCCUUUAAAGUAUAAAGACUCUAUUAGGAAUCAAUUUAUGAAUUGUUCAGAUGUCAUGGGAUUUGAACUGCUUUCCAAGCUAAAUGCAGUCAGAUCAACUUUUGAGGAAUUUUGCCUUGAAUUUGUUUGAAAUCAUUGUAAUGUUUGUUUUUCAUUGAAAUGUAGUAAAAGGCUGACAUCA